AUGAACACUCAACAUGGGAAGGAGUACCAAAACAACUGCAAGUUUGUGCCUGGGGACGAAAAGAUCGCUCAAGAACAAAUUCCAACAGUUCGAAAUGCGCAGACCGAUAAUACAACAGGAAGUCAACUUCAUCGUUUGCCACUACAAUCAAUCGAAACAUGCUUAAGCAUGUUCAAAACUACUAUAAACAAAGCAAGCAGUGUUAUUAUUGUUGACUAUCAAAACUUGGUAGACUAUGACAAAAAACUACAAAAAAUCUGGGGUCAAUUGAUUGAAAUAGUAUCCAGAGACACGGGCAUUUAUGCUCACUGGGGUGAUACUGUUUCGUAUCAAGUCUUAUCAGCUGAUACUCGAUUCAGAAUGGACUUAAGGCUCUUAAACCAUGCAAUUAUCUUUAAGGGAAUAAUUGAUGUCGCCAUUGCCGAGUUCAGCAAAGAACAGCAAGAUCAUAAAUACUACAAAGAUAUGCUAAAGACCGUUUUCAAAAUCAAUUGA